AAGCAGUUUCCAACAACAUAUAUAUAGAAAACACUCGAAACCUCCUUAGCACUUUCCAUGUCAGAGAGGUUUGAGUAUAAAUAGGGUCUCGAUGUCCUAAUAAAACCAUAAUGUACUCGUGAACUGCCUUAUUGUAGGAUUGCAUUUCUUCCAAGUGCCUUAGUAUUAUUACUCACCGAAGAAGGCAUUAAAAAACCCUCUUUCUUGGAUCUGUAGCUUGGGCGGUUUCACGGUCACCCAAAAGCUAUACAUAGGCAUACCCAUUUCCCAGAACUGUGCAAAAAAUGAUGGGUUGGUCCUGUUUUCUCAGGGUGCUUCUUGUUUUAGCUCUUCUGGUUCUCCCAAGCUUCUCCCAUGGACGUGGAUUCGGUCGGAAAGUGAUUGAGACAUUUGAGUUUGGAGAUUCUUCGGUUGAAUUAGAGGAAAGUGCUGGGAAUUCAAGGGGAGUGUACGAAUUGGACUAUGAUUUGGAUCCGAAGCCAAAUACUAACCCCAAAACUGGCUAUAUAUAUACCCCUACUCCACAAGGAUGAUUGAUAGUUGUUUGUGUUUGUGUUCUUCUUAUGUUUCCUUUUCUAAUAUUUGUGUUAUUGUAAAACAGUGUGGUUUUCAGAAUUAUACUGGCUGUGUCUUUCUUUUUUGGCAAACUGUAGAUGUUCAAUGUUGGAUCUCUUGUCGUAACGAUACUUUCUGUCUCCUUUCUCUCUGUUUUAUUAUUAUUAUAAGAUGCUUCAAUGUUUUUCUCUUCUUUUCUUUA